AUGAAUGAACAAUUCUGCAUUGCGAAGCUUGGUGAUUUUGUACAACUUGUAAACUUUCAAAAAGCUUUCAUGCUGGUUUUCUGUCUUUUAAACUUCGUGUUUUCCUUAGUGGCGACGCUUGGGAAUAUGUUACUUAUUCGUGCCCUUGUAAAGGCCUCAUCGAUACCAAUCAUCGUCAAGAAGCUGUUCCUAAAUCUGGCUAUUUCUGAUCUUGCUGUAGGAUUGUUGGUGCAGCUAAUGGCGGGUAUCAUCUCUGCUGUGAUGUUGAAUAUGGCAUCAAAAGGAGACUACAACUUGACGCCAUUCUGUCCAGUAGUUUUAAAUGUUUAUAGCUAUGUUUUGUUCCUUCUCGGCACUACAUCUUUCCUAACUGUCACUACUAUUGCUAUUGACAGACUUUUCGCCAUUUCUCUCCACCUGCGAUAUCAGGAGCUUAUCACACCCAAACGUGUUACCAUAGUGUUGAUAUCUUUAUGGUUAAUAAGUUGUAUCACUGCCUUCAUAUACAUUCUCCUUCCGGAAAGCAAUGAAAUGUCAGCUGCGGUUAUUUCACUGAUAGGAUAUGUUCUGACAACAGUGGCUUAUGUUCGUAUUUACAAAGUUGUCAAAUAUCACCAGAAUCAGAUAUACAGUCAAAAUCAGCUUCAAGUUGAACAAAAAAGGGAGGAAAUCCGACAAAAGAAGUCCGCCUAUAACGCUUUAUUUGUCUAUCUUGUUUUUCUAGCUUGUUAUCUUCCUUUUUUGCCUUCUACAAUCUUGUAUUUGACAAAUACUUCUGAAAUUUCGUUCAUCGUAGCUCAAAGUGUGUCGAUAUUCUUGAUUUGCCUGAAUUCAUCAUUAAAUCCCUUCCUUUAUUGCUGGCGGUACCGAGAGAUUCGCGAAAAUGUUAAAAACACAGUGAAAAAAUUAUUUUCCAUGGACGAGAACAUGACAUAA